AUGGUUGAAAUUGUAUUAUUUUUCAAAAGCCAUUCUCAGGUAUCUCUAAUGCUGGGGAACAGAUAUGGAAGUAAGCUGCAUAUCAGCCCUGGCAGAGGUUGCUUCCAUGCUGAUUCACAGAUCUCUGCGGACAGAGCUAGUUCCAAGACACAAGUAGAGCAGAUACUUUUCUUUACCAGUAAAGUGGGGUACUUAGCUUUGUCAGCAGAGCUCAAAAUUUCUAAACUUUCUUUAUUGCAGGAGUCCAAGUUUAAAGAAACUGGAGUAAUUACGCCUGAAGAAUUUGUCGCAGCUGGAGAUCACUUAGUUCACCACUGCCCUACUUGGCAAUGGGCUUCAGGAGAAGAACUAAAAGUCAAGGCUUAUCUGCCAACAGACAAACAGUUUUUGGUAACUAAAAAUGUGCCGUGCUACAAAAGAUGUAAACAGAUGGAGUACUCGGAUGAGCAGGAAGCGAUUAUAGAAGAAGAUGAUGGUGAUGGGGGAUGGGUAGACACCUUUCACAAUGCAGGUAUAGUGGGUGCAACAGAAGCAGUUAAGGAGAUCACACUAGACAGUAAGGAUAAUAUAAAAAUACCGGAACGUUCAGCAUCUUGUGAAGAUGAUGAUGAAGAAGAUGAAGGAGAAGCUGCAGACAUGGAAGAGUAUGAAGAAAGUGGGCUAUUGGAGACAGAUGAUGCAACGCUUGACACAAGACAGAUUGUAGAAGCUAACAAAGCUAAAGUUGAUGUUGGAGGGGAAGAUGCUAUUCUACAGACUAGAACUUAUGACCUCUACAUCACUUAUGACAAAUAUUACCAAACUCCAAGGCUCUGGUUAUUUGGAUAUGAUGAGCAACGGCAGCCUUUAACAGUAGAGCAUAUGUACGAAGAUAUUAGUCAAGAUCACGUCAAGAAAACAGUGACCAUUGAAAACCAUCCUCAUCUUCCUCCACCUCCCAUGUGCUCAGUUCAUCCAUGCAGGCAUGCAGAAGUGAUGAAGAAAAUAAUCGAGACUGUUGCAGAAGGUGGGGGAGAACUUGGAGUUCACAUGUACCUUCUUAUUUUCUUGAAAUUUGUACAGGCGGUCAUUCCAACGAUAGAAUAUGACUACACGAGGCACUUUACGAUGUAACCAGAAUAAGAGAUGUCCUGCUCUAAUUAUCAAAUCUUUUUUAAAAUAACCCAUCCAUGUGACUUAUACAACAUUAUACACAAUUUCUGUAACUAACCUUUUAUCAAGUUGAUGCAUUGAAAUAAAAUGUUCCAUUACCAGC